AUGGUUAUCAUUGACCCCUCGGCUGUAUUCUUAGCCACCUUGGUCACCUCGACUUGGGUCGCACCCACGCCCUGUCUCCUUCAGCAAACGAGAAUAGGUAUUAGCCACGAGGACCUCACCGGCGGCUGCCCGAGAUCUGCUGGUAUCACAACCUGCUAUGUCGCCAGAUUACCCUCCAAAAUAAAUGAGAAUCUUGAUGACGGCAUUAGGGGGAGUGACAUGUACACUCAAUCCAAUUUUAUGAUAAUGGUGGGGCUGGAGGCGACAGGUGCUACUACCAAGUUCACCUUCAAGUAUUUUAUCGAUUCAGCUCUCAAGAGUCUUUCCGCCUACGAAAUGAAGAUGACUCAAGUAGUAUCUGAGGAGUCUGACGCGGACGGGUCGUUGACCAAGGCGUAG